CGAGAUACCGACAAGCCUCGCUCCGGCGGCGGCGGCGGCGACACCCAUCGCGCGCGCGGCCCGUGACGUCAUCGGCAGCCCCGGCGACGAGCGCGCGAGGAGAGCUCGAGUCAUUCGCGGAUUCGACGGGCUGAAAGAAUCCAACAUGGCAGGAAGGGAACGCAAACAAACAGGCGCGGAUGGAGGAAUCGCGAUCCCAGACGACUGGCCCGGUUACCCGCUCGACCUGUUCUCCUUUCCCGAGCAUUACUCGGAGGAUCUGGAGUGCGUCUACAUCCCACACGGAGUUAUCAUGGACAGGACAGAGAGGCUGGCCAGAAAUAUCAUGGAUGAUCUCGGUGAUCAUGACAUCGUGGUGCUGUGUGUGCUGAAGGGAGGCUAUCAGUUCUGCGCUGACCUGGUGGACCGCGUCAAAGUCCUGUGCCGAAACUCCAACAAGACCCUGCCCAUGAGGGUGGACUUCAUCCGGCUCAAGAGCUACCUGAACGAUCAGUCCACUCAAGUUCUUCACAUCGAAGGAGCGGAGAACCUGUCUGUGCUGAGCGGGAAGAACGUCCUGAUUGUGGAGGCCAUCGUGGACACUGGAAAGACCAUGAAGACUCUUCUGGAUCACGUGGAAGCCUUCAGGCCCAAGAUGAUCAAAGUAGCCGGCUUGCUGGUAAAACGCGUGCCCAGCGGGACGGGAUAUCUGCCAGACUAUGUUGGAUUUGAGAUCGCCAAUCGUUUCGUGGUCGGCUAUGCCCUGGAUUACAACGAACACUUCAGAGAUCUUAACCACAUCUGUGUGAUCAGUGACAGAGGGAAACAGAAAUACAAGAUCUGAAGAAGACGAUCUCACUCGUAUAUGAGCUUCUGAAGGCUGACUGGAGGAUGGAAGAUGUCCGUGGAUGUGUUCUCAAAAGAAGAUCUCCUGUUCUCCUCCUCGCGUUCGAUAUGGACCAAGCUCACUGGUUAGAAAUCA